AUGCAAGUCAAAAUCUCACACACCGCCUUAGUAUCUCCCACCACACCACCAUUCCACGAAGACCACACCCUCCCUCUUUCCCAUCUCGACACCGACCCCAACCUCCACGUCACCUUCCGUUACCUCCGCACCUACCUCAACACCGCCACCUCCGCCGCCGCCGCCGUCGUUAACGACCCUUUCCAAGUCAUUUCCGCCGCACUCUCCGCCGCUCUCGUCCGCUACUACCCUCUCGCUGCCACUCUCCGGCAAAACCACCUCUUUUGCAGUGUUAAAAACCUGACCGUCCCGCUCAUCCACGCCACCGUGGGUGACACCACCCUCGAAUCUCUCAACUACCUCGACGACAACCCGGAUACCCACUUUCUGGAGCAGUUGGUGCCCGACCCGGAUCAGGAAGAGAGGCUUGUGAACCCGUGCGUGCUACAGGUCACGGUGUUCAAGUGUGGUGGGUUUACUCUCGGGGCCGCAAUACACCACUCGCUGUGUGAUGGACUCGGCGCGACUCAGUUCUUCAACGUUAUGGCCGAGUUGGCUCGUGGGGCGACUCGGGUUUCGGUCGAACCGGUGUGGGAUCGGACGAGUCUGUUGGGACCCAGAGACCCGCCGAGAGUUGAGGCACCGAUAUAUAUAUUUCUUGUAUCUAACUUUUUUGCUUAA